UCCUCUCUAUGUCUCCAUCAUGGCUGAGUCCUGGAGUCUCAGUGACUCUGAGCUGUGAGGUCAAACAUCCGUCUGCAGGAUGGAGCUUCUACUGGUAUAAAGCUCUUCCUCAACUACCAAAUCUGUCCUGCAUCUAUGAGCUGCUACCUGGUAGCACCAGUGGGACUGCACAGGACUCCUACAUCAUUGAUGGACAGACACACACAGCAGGAUAUGCAUGUAGAGCUGGACGAGGAGACCCAGUGAUCUACACUCCUUACAGUCAGACUAAGAUGGUCUGGUCUGCAGAUCCUCAUCCUUCAGCGUCUCUCACAGUAAGUCCUGACAGAGUUCAACACUUCAGCUCUGACUCUGUCUCACUGACCUGUGAGGGAAACUCGACUGAGUGGAGAGUGAGAAGGUCGACUCUUAACAACUACACGACUACUUGUUCCUACUGGGGGACAAUGAUCAGAUCAACAUGUGUCAUUAAUAGACUGCAACACAGUAAUACAGUGUUCUGGUGUGAGUCUGGAUCAGCAUUCAGCAACGCAGUCAACAUCACUGGACAGAAUAAUGACGGUAUCAUCCUGGUGAACCCCGUCCAUCCUGUGACUGAAGGAGCUUCUGUUAGUCUGAGCUGCAGACUGAGAGGACAAAAUCUACUUUCCAGUGUGUUUUUCUACCACAAUGACAAACCUAUCCCGAAUGAUGGCAGAGGGGAGCUGAAUAUCUCUGCAGUGUCACGGUCACACGAAGGUUUCUACAAGUGUGAACAUUCAGGAAACGUUUCACCACAGAGUUGGAUGGCAGUAAAAUCGGUGUCCAGAACAGAGAGUUCUUCAUUUCUUUUUCUGGUUUGGUUGCUGGUUCCUGUAAUUCUACUGAGUUUUCUUCUGCUGCUGUUGUGUCUCUACAAGAAGUCAAAAGAUUCAUGCUGCAUCAGGUGGAUCCAGUCAGACAGCAGCAGUCAGAACUCCACCACAAAUCAACCAGUCAACCAGCCUGAAACUGUUGAAUACGACUCUCUUCUCCACGGUUCUGUUGAUGUCUAUGAGACCAUCAGACCCUCUGGAGAUACUGGAACUGGGAAUCAUCGCAAACAAGAGGAGGAUGCUGUUUACAUCAAUAUGAAGACAAGAACUGCAGACUGAUGAUGUCAUCCAACCAGAAUAAAGAAAAAGAAAAAAAUACAGAAAAAACGUAUGUAAAGUUUAUAUUCACCUGAAGGUCAAAAUAUGUUUAUUUCACUUUUCAGUUUUAGUUACAUCUGAAUGUGUUUUUUUGUGUCAAAAUGCAGAAACAGACAAAUGUUUGAAAUAUGUUAUCUUUUGUGUUCUGAUAUAUUAGUUUUGAAGUCAGCAUCUUUUGUUCUGGACAUCAACAAUUACAUUUAUAUCUUGUAUUUUUUUAUUUAUGAUGUUAUAACAUUAGAACUGUAUGAACUUUGUUUUUACUUGUGGAGGAAUUAUGAAAGUCUUUUUUUAUUUUUCAUGUUUAUUCUCUUCUUAAGUGUUUUAUGCAUUCUUUAACUUUAUUUUAGCAGUCAGUUUUUGUAUUUUUAUGCUUUUAAAGGUUGUGUAUUUUUUGUACUCUCAAAUAUAAAACACUGUUAUGAGCAAUGUAGCUGAUCAUAGUCUUACUGUCAGGGUUUGACACUUCCCCCCAGUUUGAGUUUCAGUUCUGUCCCUCCUGUUUCCCAUUUGCCCUGAUUGUGUCUGCACCUGUGUCUCGUCGUGUCUCGUUAUCCCCUGUGUAUAUCUGGUCUUGUCAUUCCUUUGUUCCCUGUCGGUCCGUACUGUUUGUUCCCUCCAUGUGCUCCUGGUUUUCGAUCCCUGUGUACGUGAUUUAAUUUUGAUCCUGCCAAGCAGCGCUUUUGUUUUUACCCUUUAUAGAAUAAACCCUUGUGUUUUUUUGAGAACUCCUGCCUCCAGCCCUCUCUCUCUCCUGCGUUUGGGUCCUCAACAACACACCUUGUGACACUUACAGUGUCAAGAAGACAAUGUUUUUAUUUCUU